AUUUCGGAAAGUAAGAAGAAAAGCCAGGCAUUUUACUAUAAUGGAAAAGAUUAUUUACCAGUCGAUUCAAGUCAUAAUACGAUAAUCGCUGAAAAUGAUGACUAUGGAUCAACAGCGACUAUUAAUCGGGAUUUAAUUAUUGGUAAAGAUAUCCCAUUUAUGCCUUGUGACAUAGAGGAAUAUAAUGAGUAUAUAAACAAUAUCCCAUAUUACAUUUUACAACUUUAUGGUUAUCUUGUUAAUGGUCAAAAAGCUGUAGUUACAUUUUCUGGUAUAAAAGUUUUCUUCGAUAUCUGUAUUCCUGAUAAUCAGAAUAUUAAUAUAUUCGAAACUGGAAUAAAAAAUAUUAUUGCCAAUGGGAAAAAUGACGAAGGGGAAACUGUAGAUAUGACUGAAUUCCGGACAGAACAUAUAAAGGCAUUUCCUAUUCACGAUUAUUACAAAGAAAAAAAAUCAUAUGUUCGUAUUAUUACAACUACUAGUAAACAAAGAUCAAUUGCUCUUAAUAUUAUCCUAAAAUAUAAUUCAGAAAUCAUAUCAUCCAAUAUAAAUAAAUCUAAGCUGGAAACUGCAUCAGACGAUUUGAACACAUAUUAUCGAAAA